UAGAGUCGGAUUUGGAACUCUUUUUUUAGGUCUGAGAAGAUUAAAUCUCAAGUGGAAGUCCGUCGAUCGUUCUCCCAACCGAGUAGAUCAAAUCUAUCGCAGUUGGGAAUCAUCGGUUGUUUAUGGUGCGUUGCUGAAAAUUGAAUUUAGAUUCUCAGACCCAAAUAAGGGGCUCGAGAGCUAAGUCAGAAUCAUUUGGUGGCUUUGCUCCGAGCAGCAAUCAAAAUCAAAGGGGAAGUGAGCUGCUUCAGCUGUUGUGAUGAAGAUGAUAUGCAUGCAUAAAGCAACUGGCAAUGGAGGUGCUUACAUAUUGAAAAAUCCUGCAAGAAAUGAGGGAAGUCAUCAUGCCUCCGGUAAUGCGCCCAUGGGUGGUCAAGCGGUAAACGUCCAGCCUAUUGAAAUUCCCCUUAUACCAGUAGAGGAGCUAAAGGAAAUUACAGAUAACUUUGGGACAAAUGCGUUGAUUGGGGAAGGUUCGUAUGGAAGAGUAUAUUAUGGGGUACUUAAAAGCAGGGAGCAUGCAGCAAUCAAGAAGCUAGAUGCCAGCAAACAACCUGAUGAGGUAUCUUGCACAGAUGGGACCUAUCUUGCAAAAAACUGUAAAUUCAUUACAGCUUCUCCCUCCCACAGAAAAAUAUGUUCCUCCAUUCAAGGAUCCAUGGAGGUUUUGGUGACUGCAUAUUUGAUUUUCUUGUCCACCACUGCAAAACGUGAAAUUUGUAUACCUUUAUUCUAUUACCAUUCAAAUUUUGACUGUAAGUUCCACUAUGCUUUGGGUUUGAAAAAGAUGCAAUAGACCUUCCACCUGAGAAAUCAAACAUUCAUGAGUUAAAAGAGAGGGAGUGAGGAAAAUAGAGAUAUGAAAUGCAAGAAUCCGAGUUUCCUUUAGGUAGUAGAAGUCAUUGAUGUACUGCAAUUGAAACUUGAAACUGAUAAUUUCCUUCCAUUGAUGAUAUAUCGAACAAUGUACAAAGUCAACAUUGUGAACUUACAAAAAGGAAAUAAUAGCUACAAUUGAACACAUAAUCUUGUUCACAGCUAAAA